UAAUACAAAACAUAUAGAGUGUAAACUUAGCUUAAGUAUUAUUUUUAUAUAGCAAUACAUUUUGUAGUUGCCUUAGAAUUUGUAUGUGGCAACAUUCUCUCUUCUUUCUCGAUCCGAACUAACCGGCACGUCCCGCGAUCGCUUUGUAAUUUUAUUUAAUUUAAAACUUCAAUAAAAGUUAAUUUCAACUUAAAAGCGCAUUUUGUUUUCUCCAUGCGCAAGUGGUCCUUCGAGGGAAAAGUAUCAGUGUCCGAUGUUUCGUCGAAAUAGUGUUCGCGGCAAGUGCGUGCGCGAGCUGGCUGGCCGUCUAUACCGGCUGGAAUCUCGUCGUGGCAGUGCCUAGGCUGGCGCUGCUGGCCUGUAACUUCGUUCUAUCUAUCAUAGAACGAACAUCAUACACGGAUUGGAGAAAAGAGCAUCAUCAAAAACCGCAAGUAAUUCGGUAUAAGUCGAAUUUUUCGACCACCGGCAUUCUUCAUUUUUCAAUAUAGAGUGAAGUUGGCGCGAUCCGCAGCCAUCUUGCGGAACUUCGCAGCGGUUUUUGACAUUUUGUGUCAUCUGUCAAGUUUGACAUUGACCUUCAAUAAAAAUCAAAACAAAGUGUUAUCAACGUCUCUGUGCCUUCGUUUAAAAGUGUUUGUGCCUUCGUUCGUCAUAAAUAAACAUUUAAAUGUCUACCGAAAUGGAGAAAUUAAAAAAGUUACGUGUUAUACGCUCACAGUGCAAAGGAACCAUUACAAGAAUCGAAAAUUUUGUCAAGGAUCCCGUAUGUUUGGCAGCCGCCAGCGCCGAUAUAUUAGAGGCGCGUAAAGAGAAGCUCAUUUCCACCUUAAAGGAUUACGAAAAGGUGCAAAUGGACAUACUGAGCAUUGAUGAGGGCGACGGUGAACAGGUGGGAGAUAUUGAAGAGAAAUACUAUUCCAUAUUAGCAAAAAUAAAUAGUUCUCUUAAAAUGUUAAAUACAAAAGUGACUUCGGAGUGCCACAACGCAUCCACAUGUAAGUUACCCACAAUUGAAAUACCCUUUUACGACGGAAAGGAUUUCACUAAAUUCAAACCCUUUUUCGACUUAUUUACUGCUGUCAUUGAUCAGAAUAGCUCGCUGUCUGAUGUGCAAAAGCUUUUUUAUUUGAGAAAGUACCUACAGGACGAUGCGUUGGCGGUUAUUCUGAACUUGCCGUUGGUAAAUGAGUCAUAUAAAGAAGCAAUACAAUUGUUAAAAAAGAGAUUUGACAACAAGGCUAGAUUGGUUGCAAAUCACAUAGGUAUAUUGUUAGAUAUUUCUAAUAUACAAAAGGGCACAGCGGCUUCCUUACGAACAUUUGUUUCACAAAUAAAUCAACAGAUGCAUGCAUUAAAAAAUUUAGAUGAACCCGUUGAUAAAUGGGACAUGCUUUUAAUAUCAAUUUUGAGUCGAAAGUUAGAUCAGUUCACACACCGGGCAUAUCAGUUAGACCGGGACUCUGACACCAUGCCUACGAUGGCUGGUUUCAUUGAAUAUUUAGAAAAGCGUGCUAUAGCGCUCGAAGAUAGUCAUCAAAAUAAACAUAGUACCUACUAUGAUGGUGCUAACAAACAUAUUAAUAAUAAAAGUACUUGCUAUGAAGGUACUCACAAAUCAAUACCUAAGGUUACAAAUGUGGUAUCGAAGUCGUUGCCGCCCUGUAGGUAUUGUGAUAAUAAAGACCAUCAGAUAUAUAACUGUCCCAUAUUUAAAAUUUUACCUACUGCUCAGAGGCAAUCUUAUGUAAAUGAAAAACACAUGUGUAAUAUAUGCCUUAAUAACCAUGAUGGUAAAUGUAAAUUUACUUUUAAAUGUAAAAUGUGUAAACAGGGCCACAACACAUUGCUGCACCAGGAGCGCAAUGUGAAUGUGGACAAGCCCAGGGGAAAUAAUGAUGACAGUCAGCAGCCACUAUCAUCUGAUGCUGGGCUGCAUAAAAACUGAAAAUGGACCGGUAUUCCAGAAUACCAUGUUAGGAUAUAUUGUCGGAGGAAGUAUCCCCGAGCAAGGUAUUACAUGUAAUAUUGUAACAAAUUUAGUUCAUAAUAUAUCUGAUGGUGAAAAACUGGAAAAUGUAAUGGAGCAAUUCUGGCUCUCUGAAAAACUUCCUGAAGUGGAAAAAUCUACAAAUGAUGAGUUUAUACAAGCUGAAAAAAUAUUUCAGGACUCUGUAUCACUUAAAGACAAUAGAUUUUAUGUUGAUAUGCCAUUAGCUUUCCCUAUGGAAGAGUUAGACCUAGGUGACUCAUUUUCUGUUGCCUAUAAUAGAUUCAUAAUGUUAGAAAAAAGGUUACAAAAAGAUCCUUUGUUAUUUGAACAAUAUAAAAAAUUUAUUGACCUAUAUCUGGAAUUAGGACAUGCAAAGAUAGUUGAUAUUGAGGGUUAUGAUUUAAAUGGUCCUGUAUUUUUUCUAGGACACCACUGCGUGUUCAAUCCGUCGAGUCGAACCUCACCUCAUCGUGUGGUCUUUGAUGGAUCGAUGAGAUCUAGAAAUGGGACGUCGCUGAAUCAAGUCAUGCUGAACGGACCUGUUGUACAGAGUGAGCUCUUUGAUAUCCUUAUUUUAUUCAGGACUUAUCCCUUUAUUUUAACUUGUGACAUUCAAAAAAUGUUUCGCAAUGUUUUUAUAAAUGAACAUCAACGCGGACUUCAAAACAUUUUAUGGCGCGAUUCGCCUGAAGACCCCAUCAACUGCUUGCAACUUCAAACUGUUACAUACGGUUUAAAAUCGAGUACAUUUUUAGCUACAAGAGCUCUAAAUGAGCUAGCGAAUAUGCAUAAGGAUCAGUUUCCUUUGGCCGCUCAGGCUAUUUAUAAAAAUACAUUUGUUGAUGAUGUGCUGACUGGCGCUGAUGAUGUAGAGACACUUCAAGAGCUGAAAAGGCAAAUUGUAGAGCUUCUGAAGUUAGGUAGUUUCUCGUUACAUAAAUGGUGCUCGAACCACGCUCCAGUUUUAAGUGAUAUACCAGUUGAGCACAGACAAAUCGAUAGUGUAGAGAUAGGUCAAAAUGACACUGUGAAGACAUUAGGUCUCACACUCGAAAUAAAUUCAGAUAAAUUGAGUUUCUCUUGCCCUGCGAUCAAUGAGGCAACAAUACUGAAUACAAAAAGAAAAAUUCUCAGCUUUAUAGGGAAAAUGUUUGACCCACUUGGUUUAAUUGGCCCAGUAAUAGUGGUGGCCAAACUAUUCAUGCAAGAACUCCAUAGCUCUAUGCGGAAAGAUUGGGACUCUACAAUCCCAAGUGAAAAGUUCCUAUACUGGUCAAACUUUUUAAAUAAUUUAAAGCAAAUGGGUCAAAUUAAAAUAGAAAGAUGUGUAAACUUUAAAUUAGUAUCACAUGUAGAGCUAGUAGGGUAUGCCGAUGCAUCUCUUAAAGCUUUCGGGAGCUGUCUCUACCUAAGAGUUUUUAUGACUGACAGCUCGGUUCAAGUGAACUUAUUAUGUUCCAAAUCCCGUGUGUCCCCACUUUCUAAGUCUCACACCAUACCUCAAUUGGAGCUUUCUGCUGCUCUACUUUUAGCGCAAUUGGCAAGUAGAGUUAGUAAGAUUUUAAAUGAUAGAGUUCCUCAUAAAAUAUUUCUUUAUAGUGAUUCACAAAUUGUAUUGUGGUGGAUCAAAACAGCGGCAGUUAAAAGUACUGUAUACGUAAAAAAUAGAGUCAAACAAAUUGUAGAGCUGACUGAAAACUCGCAAUGGCUGUAUGUUAGGUCAAAAGAUAAUCCUGCUGACUUAUUAUCAAGGGGAGUUGAACCACAUAAGCUGCAGGAGUGUGAUUUAUGGUGGCAUGGUUCGCCAAGUCUUUGUGAUGUAAAUUAUACACAUACAAACUUAGAAGAAUUUAAUUAUGACGAUAUCAUGACACAUGUAGAGUCGCAUGGUACUUCAUUCGAUGCGUCUUCUGACGAUGUAGAGGGAAUUUUGUGCCAUACCACAAAUGUAGAGCCUCUAGAUUUAUUAAAAAAUUAUUCUAACAUUAACAAACUUCAAAAAGUGAUAGGUUUUAUUUAUAGAUUUUACAAUAACUGCUUGAACAGAGACAACAAAAUAACAAGUAGUAAUUUAACUGCAAGGGAAUUGCGUGACUCUAUGACGAAGAUUGUACGUUGUACACAGGCAGACCAUUUUAGUAAAGAAUUAGUCCUGCUCUCAAAAAAUAAGCCUGUCACAAUUAGUGAUCAAUUAGUAUUUCUAGAUAAAAAUGGUAUUAUUAGGGCCGUGGGGAGACUGCAAAAUGCAGAGAACCUGUCUUAUGACAAGCGGCAUCCGUCUAUACUUCCAAAAAACUCCUUUGUUACCGAUCUCAUUAUAGAACGAGAGCACUUAAGACUUAUGCAUGCAGGCGCUAGGCUAGUAUUAGGCUCUCUAUCUCAGAGACAUCAUCUUGUGAAUGGUAUUAGAGAGGUAAAAAAGGUGGUGCAUAAAUGUAUAAAAUGUAUACGUAUGAAAGCUGAAGCAGCAAAGCAGUUGAUGGGAGAUCUGCCUAAAGAAAGAAUCACUCAGAGCAGGCCCUUUCAGCAUGUAGGUAUUGAUUUCUGCGGUCCGUUUAACGUAAAGGUCUCUCGCAUUAGGAAGCCUAUUAUUACAAAAGGCUACAUUGCGCUUUUUGUUUGCUUUGCUGUAAAAGCGAUACACUUAGAACUUGUUUCUGAUCUCACGACUGAAACUUUCUUAGCAUGUCUUAAACGAUUUAUUUCUCGGCGUGGCAUGCCCACAAACAUAUUUUGUGACAACGCAAAAACCUUCAAGGGUGCUUGUAAUACAUUAAAAGACUUGUAUGACCUAUUUUCCUCCAAAGAUUGUAGAGACUCUGUCAACAAAUACUGCUCAGAUAACUAUAUAACGUUUAAUUGGAUACCGAGUUAUUCUCCAACGUUUGGAGGAAUUUGGGAAAGUGGCGUCAAAAGUGUAAAACACCACUUUAAAAGAAUAGUAGGCAAUCUAUGUUUGACCUACGAACAACUUAACACUGUAAUCAUAGAGAUAGAAGGAAUUUUGAACAGUAGACCUAUACUAUCUGCUAUUUCUAAUGAUUGUGAUUAUAUUACUCCUGGACACUUCAUUUGUGGCGCAGCCUUGACUGCUUAUCCUGAAAUUGAUCUCACUGAAACCUCUGUAAAUCGGGUUCCAUUUUGGAGAAUGUGCACUAAGCUUAAGCAAGACUUUUGGAAAACCUGGUCUCAAAGUUAUUUGACCCAGCUUCAAAGCCGACCAAAAUGGAAAUACCAGCAAACUAAUUUAAUGGAAGGUGAUUUGGUAAUUGUUAAGGAUAUGAACACCUCUCCAUUAAAUUGGCCCAUGGCUCGUAUUGUAAAAACGUUCCCUGGUAGGGACGGAUUAGUAAGGGUAGCUGAUGUUAAAAUUAAUAAUAAGAUAUUUCGUAGAGCCAUAACUAAGUUAUGUCCUUUACCUGUAAUGUAGUAUUAAUAACUUUUCUAGUGUUUAGGUUUCUAUUGGCGGGUCCACUCUUUACCUGUAUGUAGUAUUGCCUGGCCCCAACUAUGUUUAAUACAAAACAUAUAGAGUGUAAACUUAGCUUAAGUAUUAUUUUUAUAUAGCAAUACAUUUUGUAGUUGCCUUAGAAUUUGUAUGUGGCAACAUUCUCUCUUCUUUCUCGAUCCGAACUAACCGGCACGUCCCGCGAUCGCUUUGUAAUUUUAUUUAAUUUAAAACUUCAAUAAAAGUUAAUUUCAA